AUGGCCAUCGAAACAGUGACGGUGGUGGGCGCCAACGGCAACCUGGGUGGGCCGCUUGUGCGGGCGCUGCUGGAAGCGGGUGAGUUCUGGGUGAGCGUGCUGCGGCGGGCGGCUUCGACGUCGGCAGUGGUGGCGGGCACGACGGCGAUCGUGGUAGACGAGUGGACGGUGACGUCGCUUACGGCGGCGCUGCGGGGGCAAGAUGCGGUGGUGGUGGCGUUUCCGCUGCGCAGCGUGGACGACCACCUGCGGUUAGCCGAGGCAGCGGCAGCAGCAGGUGUGCGGCGGUAUUUUCCGGCAGAUUUCGGCAGCGUAGACGCGCGCAGUGAGACAGCUCGGGCUCUCGUUCCGCUGUUCGAGAAGAAGGAGACGGUGCGGCGGCGGCUGGAAGCACUGGCAGCCACUUCAGCCACCGGCUUCUCGUACACGGCCAUUGUGGGCGGCCACUUCUUCGACUGGGGCCUGCGCGAGGGCUUCCUGCACGCCCACCUGGACCGCCGCCAGAUGGACGUUCUCGGCGACGGCGACGCGCUGCGCAGCUCGCUCUCGACGCUGGCUCGCCUCGCCGCCGCCGUCGUCGCUGUUCUGCGUCGCGGCCCCGGCGAUCCUGCCACCGCCAACAAGGUGCUCUUCGUCCAGAGCUUCUGCGUGUCGCAGCACACCCUGCUGGCUGCGCUCGAACGCGCCACCGAGGCUAGCUGGACCGUUCGCCGGCUCGACACCGCUGCAUUUGUGGCCGAGCACAAAGCCAAGGCCGACCAGGGCGACCGCCAGGCCGUCGAGGACCUCGUCUACGUCCUUGGCCUGCUCGAGGGCGACUGGACCCAGAAACCCGAGUUUGCCAUGGACCUGCUCGGGCUCCAGGACGAGGACUUGGACGCUGCCAUCGCGGCUGUCAUCGCCGAGGAGAAGAAAUAG